AUGAAAGUGUUGGUUGUCUUGGGAAUUUCAAUGGUGGUAGCCUGCACUGAAGUUCUUUUCUCUUUCAUCCAGAAAAGCACCAACUUCUUUUGGGGAGGGACUGAGAAAUGCCAUGUUACCAGUAUUGUGGAAAAAAGUAUUCAUAUGGUAGAUAAUGCACUUUACAACACAAUGAAAAGGAACCUCAAAAAAAGGGAAGUAAAUUCCCCAGCUCAACUCUUCUCCUUCUCUAAACUGCCAGAGAGAACAAGUCGAGAUGUUUCCCGAGCAGCAGAAAUAAUGGAGACUUCAAUCCAAGCAGUGAAAGAAAAAGUUUCCCUGCAGCACAAGAAAUCUUGGCAUCCAACUGAUGUUCUGUCUGCUGACUUACUGAGCACAAUUGCUAAAGUGUCUGGAUGCUUGCCUUACAUGCUGCCACCAAAAUGUACCAAUACUUGCUUGGCAAACAAGUACAGGCCUAUCACAGGAGCCUGCAACAACAGAGACAAUCCCAGAUGGGGAGCUGCCAACACAGCCCUGGCUCGAUGGCUCCCACCGGAUUAUGAAGAUGGAGUUAGUCAGCCAAAAGGGUGGAAUCCCAACUUCCUUUACAAUGAAUUUCCUUUGCCACUGGUUCGUGAAGUGACAAGAAAAAUCAUCCGUGCAUCGAAUGAGGCUGUGACAGAGGAUGACCAGCAUACUGAUCUCCUGAUGGUGUGGGGACAAUAUAUUGCUCAUGAUAUUGCAUUCACACCCCAGAGCACCAGCAGAGCCACCUUCUGGGGAGGAACUGACUGCCAGAAGACAUGUGAAAGCCAAAAUCCCUGCUAUCCCAUACAGGUGAUUACCCUCCGUGAUUACAUUCCCAAGAUCCUUGGACCCAGGGCUUUUGAGCAAUAUGUUGGUCCAUAUAAAGGCUAUGAUCCCACUGUGAAUCCAACAAUAUCCAACAUAUUUUCAACGGCUGCUUUCCGCUUUGCCCAUGCAACUAUCCACCCAGUGGUAAGGAGGCUUGAUGAAAGAUUCCAGGAUCACCCAGAUCUCCCAAAAUUACUUUUGCAUGAAGUUUUCUUUAGUCCAUGGAGACUCAUUAAAGAAGGUGGCUUGGACCCUGUGAUAAGAGGUCUUCUGGCAAGUCCAGCAAAACUGCAGAUUCAGGACCAAAUAAUGAAUGAAGAACUGACUGAAAAACUCUUUGUAUUAUCUGAUAAUGGCACUUUGGAUUUAGCAUCACUUGAUCUGCAGAGAGGGAGGGAUCAUGGUCUUCCAGGUUAUAAUGACUGGAGAGAAUUCUGUGGUUUACAAAGAUUAGAGACACAAACUGAUCUGUACACUGCCAUCACCAAUAGAAGUAUAGUUGAAAAGAUCAUGGAAUUAUACAAGCAUCCUAAUAAUAUUGAUGUCUGGCUAGGUGGCCUAGCUGAAAACCUUCUUCCAGAUGCUAGAACUGGUCCACUAUUUGCAUGCAUUAUAGGAAGACAAAUGAAGGCACUGAGAGAAGGUGAUAGGUUUUGGUGGGAAAACAAGCAUGUAUUUACUGAAGCUCAGAGGCAUGAACUGGAGCAACAUUCUUUAUCCAGGCUAAUCUGUGAUAACACAGGUCUCACUACAGUGCCAGCCGAUGCCUUUCAGCUUGGGAGGUUUCCUAUAGACUUUAAGUCAUGUGAAGACAUACCAGGCAUCAAUUUAGAAGCAUGGAGGGAAAUUUUUCAUCAAGGGGGGACAUGCAGCUUCCCAGAGAAGGUGGAUGAUGGUGAUUUUGUGUCUUGUUCUGAAUCUGGAAAACACAUUGUGAUUUACUCCUGCCAUCACGGCUACCAACUUCAAGGACAAGAACAACUCACCUGCACACAGAGAGGAUGGGACUCACCACCACCACUUUGCAAAGAUUCGGGAAGACUUCCUAGGGGAUCAUUAGUAUCCAUCAUUUUGGGGGCCAUCAUGAUCUGUGGCUUGACAGUGCUCGCCUGGAUAGUGAUUUGCAGGUGGACAUAUUCUGAUAUGGAAACAGCUCAGACAAAUGUUGAAGACGGAAAAACAGCUACCAAAAUGGGAUGUAAAAAAUGUCAUGAAAUGAAGAUUUCACAACCUGAAGCCAUAGCACAGUCAGUUGACAAGGAUCCUGCCAAUGGACCUCAGAUCUUACUCAGCAUGUGA